UAAAGAAGUGUUUCUAUUUCUUUCCUGACAGCCAAUAUGCAUGAUACAGGUCAAAUCAAUGCCUGAUCAUUCGGGUGAUGGCUCAUCUUGCACUGAGCUACAGUUUGGAAUCAUUAAUUACGGUUUCACGCCAGAAUUCCUGUUGCUCUGAAUGCAAACGCUAAACUUCCUUGGAGCUCGUCUGCACCACGGUCGGGCUGUUUGGGCCGGAACUAUUCGCGAGACGAAGUGCCUUCCAGCCGGAUAAGGAAGAAAGUGGGGGAGAAGCAAUGAUUGUAGUGCGCGGCUUCUCUCGUCCCUCCGGAUUUGGGGGAGACAGCUGAAGUUUCGGGGCUGCAAUGUUUGGUGCCUCGGCGGAGAAUCUGCUCAAACAGGCCAGGGAGGUACAGGAUGAAGACCUACAGAAAUUCUGCGCUCGCAUCUCCACUCUCCUGCAGAACAAGGAAUAUAAUAACGAAGCCAUUGAUUCUCUUCAGAAAUUGUUCCUGAUUGUAUCUACGACAAAAUACAGCAGAACUCUUUCCAAAGAUGUCCUGCAGAAACUCCACAGCACCUUGUGUUUUGUGAAGGCUCCACAGCCAGUUCUUGUCCUCUGCUCAGCUAUUCUGCGAGAGGUGUUGCCAUGUUAUGCUUUGACCUUUUCCUGUGAAGAAAUAAAUGAUAUGAAAACCAUGAACCUUGUAUCCAGUAUAAUGCUGGCCCAGGGGAGUAAAAAUGCAGAGUUUGAGGCUCUUUGCAAUCGUAUUCUGAAACUACUGGAUUCUCGGCAAACUGAAGGUCACGGUACACGGUAUCUCAUGCCCAUUCUAUCUAAAGUCCUUAAUCUUGCAGUUCUCAAUGAAGAGCAGAUAAAUACUAUAAGUAAGAAGCUUGUUGAUUGGCUGCGGUAUGCGGGUACAGUACAGGGAGUUCCCCAUUCUUCUGGAGGCUUUUUUAGUCCAAGAUCACGGCAGCCUGCUUCCAUUUUAGAGGUGGAUGGGGCAGUAGCAGGUGACUUCUUCACAGUACUUUGCAUUGGCCAAUAUUACACUGAGGACCAGUGGCUGAACAUGCAUUCUUUCUCCAUGAUCAGAAGAUGGCUGCAGUGGUCUGGGGCAAGUGGAAUCAACAACAGUGAUGCAGAUGAAAGAUCUGAGUUAGAGAGCUCUAUGAUGUCAGUGGUUUCUGCUUCCUCGACAUCAAGUCGGCUGAUGCCCCCUAAAGAACGUCUGCGGGAGAAAACAUUUGAAUAUUGCAAUCGACUAAUUGAACAGAGUGAUAGAAAAGCUUUAAAGAAGUCUGACUCAGAACUUCAGAAAGCUUGUCUGAUUGAAGCAGUGACUUUGAUGGACCUGAUCUGUCGACAUGAUCCACUGUUUGUGUAUCGAGCCUUUCCAGUAGUAAAAGCACUGUACAGUAGAAUCAGUACAGACUCUGGUUUUGCCAGAGUGCUGCUUCCAGUUGCUCAAUUCUAUCUAAAUCACAGUGAGCUGGCAGCUGUGGACUCUGAAGCUGUUUACAGACAAUUAUUCACCAAGGUUCCUUCAGAACUCUAUCAAGACUCUAUGUUGGCCUUUGAAUUUAUUCAGUUCUGCCGAGAAAAUGCAAAAACACUCAGAGAGAGUGUUGCUGUUUUUCACAAAAGCUUCCCAAAUCUAUUGAAGUUCCUAGCUUGGAACAUAUCAGCUUUGUUUCCCGAGUUCAUUGAAUUACUGCCUGAUCUGGUUCGUCCAGACACGUCGAUUGAGAUACUCCAUUCGCUGCUUGAUCUGCCCUGCUUGACUGCAAUACUUGAAGCCCAGCUCAGGUCAUUGUGUUCUCAAGUGACUGAGAAGGUAAUAGCUGAUCAGAAUAGAAAGGUCUUAAGCUCCGUAGAAGCAUUCCAACAUCCAUACUACAGGAGCAUGUUUUUUUACAUCCUCCGUGUGGAGACGGGAACAGGGGAUACGAUUGACAGAUUAAGUCAGCUUCAUGAAGUGCUUUUUGACAUGGCUAAGCGGCCUAGAGUUCUACAGUGUGCCCAGACUGUUCCCAUUCUGUUGCAAGUUUACUUCAAAGUUGUCACUCAGUUUGCAGAUGGGCCACUGAUUAACCAACUGCUUCUAGUCAUCCUGGAGCGGAGCAGUCUUCUGUACAACAUCCCUGAAUUCAAGGCAGAAGUUCAACGUGUAUUCAGUUCCCAGCUGAUGGUGUUAUGUAAAUUGUACCCAGCUGUCAUUGUAGAACAAUCCAAAGAGCUGCUAGAAUUCUGUGGAACAGUCAGCAAUAUCAGCAAUAAAGAGGACUUCUUCAUUCAUGUGGUUUGGGCGAUAGGAGAGUAUUUAUCUUUGUCUUACGACAGACGUUGCACAGUUGAACAAAUCACCAAGUUCUUCGAAACUCUGGAAGCUUUGCUUUUUGAGAUCAUACAGCUGCGAGCCUCUGCCAGCGUCCUCAAGUGCUCGCCACGGGUUAUCACAGUUCUCAUGACGACACUGGCAAAAUUAGCAUCUCGGAGCCAAGACCUGAUUCCAAGGGUCUCUCUGUUCCUGUCCAAGAUGAGGUCAUUUGUUCGAAGUGCUUUGAUUUCCUCCUUGUACAGUGAGGAUGAUAUUCAGGAAAUCCUGGCCCGUGCCAAUGAACUCAACAAUCUGCUGAAAGCUCCAAAUGUAGCUCAGCUCAUACUGGGUCCUUCUGCAGACAUUGCCAGCCCAAAGUGGUACAAAGAUACAAAUGCUUCACUACCCCUCACCAUGAGGACUAUCAGCAAGAUGCUGCAGAGAGAACCAGCACCUGGAUUCCCUGUAUAGGAUCUUUGGACAUAUUAACUUGUGUGUUAGAGUUCCAAAUGUGACAGUUGUUUAACUUGUCUUCAGUUCUUCAAGAAGCCUGGUAACAGAGAUGUCUACUAUGGAGAGUUAUGAAGUGAAUGGCUAUUGUUUGACUGUUUAACAGGUUGACCUUUCCUUUGGUUUGGUCUGGUUGACAACUUUUUUGUGUCAGAAUCAUAAAUGGAUGUUCUGAAUUGGAAAAAAUACAGAUUACAAAUAUAGAUUAAGGUCACCCAUACAUAAACUUAUGUUUCCAAGUCUUACUCGUACGAGGGUUUCAUUUUGUUUUUUUUCUCUCAUUUAAUAAAAGCUGAUUAACAUAUCUCUUAUUUCAGAAACCUAUUUCAAGGGAGCACUGAAAACUGCCUGCAUCUGCAACCUCUGUUUAAUCACUCUCAAUUAAUCGGAGUGUAUUCAAGAUAUGGUUAUACACAUCAGCAUGUGAUUGAUGCCAAUUGCCUGUGUACAAAAUGGGGUUUAAACUUUCUUUGUGUCAUGUGGUUAUCUACUAUGAGGGAUCUAUGAUAUUCCAAGAUAACUGAGGAAUAAACAAUUUAUGUUAGGGGUUCUUAAUUGGGCAUGUGGGAACUUGAGUUAAAGUGUCAGUGAACUCUUUGAUUAUGGUAGUAUUCUUGGUGGCCUAAUAACAUCUCUGCUCCAGAUAGGUUACUUUUCCUUCUCUGCAACUAGACUCAACAUCUAAAAAAGGGUACUUGUGUUGCUUCUGUAAGUCCAUAUCAUCAAUGUAAGGCAACAUUUUUUUACAGUUUGUAUUUUUUGGUAAGGUGACAUAUUGUUAAUUUGUACUUGAUACCUAUUCCUUUAUCUCCUAUGCCUACUUGUAAAUGCAGAUUUGAUUGAUCCUUAAAUGUGAUCAUUUUUCAAUUCAGAGACUCGUGAAGGUUAUAAUUUGGGUCAAUCUGCAAAUUGGAGUCAAAAAUCACGUAUCAUGACACAAGUAUGUUCUAUAUCUUUUUUUUCUUUUUAGUAGACAAUUAUACUUAACAGCUAAAUUACAAUUUGUUUUGUUGUUGAAAAUGAUUUUAUACUCAUUAGAGGGCUUACAACCUGCAAGUUUAAGCUGAGUCUUCUUACAAGGGUUAUUUUUUCUUUUCAAUCAAUACAGCUGCCCCAACCCAAUCCUGAAGUUGAAAUAUUGUCACAUCAUUGGGUUGUAAAUGCAGUUUUCUUUGGGAACCUCACCUGUGUGUUUAGGUAUGAAAUUUCAAUGGACAGCUGAAAUUGGCAGAGGGAAUUACAGAUCAUCCUAUGCUGACUUCACCGGCCUCUUCCUUCCAGCCAAGGUCACUGUAUUGUUUUUUUUCCAAAAUAAACUUUAUUCAUAAUAAAAGACAAACUAUAUACAAUUAUAAAACAGUGUAAGCCUUUACAUUCUUGUACAGAUCGUUCAUUAGUGUUACCUUUUUAUAUAAAAAACAGCACCGAUGCCACGUGUGGCUCCCUGGGGGCUACCCAGUCCCAUAUACCAUAUUUAAGGGGCUUUCUCACCUGACCCUGCCCCUCCCUCUCCAGUGGCAGAAGAACCCUAAACUUGUAGUCCUUCCCCACCGAGCCUUUGCAUUGGCUGCACCCAGCUUCAGUGUGUCCCUCAGCACUUACUCCUGCAGCCUGGAAUGUGCCAGUCAGCAGCAUUCCCCUACGGACAUCUCGCAGUGCUGCCAGAUGGUCUGGACAGUCUGCUCAGGGAACCACCCCACACUAUCCAUCAAGUCCUUCUGCAGUGUCUGCAGGAUGUUCCGUGCUGACCACUGCCUGAUGGACUUGUGGUCAAAGGUAUUGGUCUGCAAGAACUUUUUCAUGAAGGACAGGUAGCGCGGCAAUGUCCAGCUGACUGGGACAUUAUCAAGAGUAGGAAU